AUGACUCUGGAUGAAAUAAUAAAAGCGACCAAUUCGGACAGUACAUUAAAAGGUCUCCGUGCAGCUAUACGACUCAAGCGAUUGGACUCACCUGUAGUACAAUCCUUUAAAUCGAUAAAGGAUGAAUUGACUGUCACGUCCCAUGGAGUAAUUCUUAGAGGAACCAGAAUUGUAAUUCCAAAAUCUUUACAACAAAGAGCGAUAGACAUAGCUCACGAAGCACAUCUUGGAGUUGAAAAGACCAAAAGUCUUGUUAGAGAAAAGAUAUGGUUUCCCAAGAUGGACACAAUGGUGAAAAACACAAUAGAACGAUGUGUUCCAUGUCAAGCAGUUGGGCGAGCGAAUGCACCUGAGCCAAUAGCAGCAACAAAUAUGCCAAAACACCCCUGGAGAGUUUUACAUGUCGACUUCUAUGGCCCUCUGCCAUCGAAUGACUACCUACUGGUGGUGAUUGACCGGUACUCAAGAUUUCCAGACGUGGAAAUCGUCCGUUGUACAAAAGCUUCAGUAGUGAUACCGAAGCUUGAUAAAAUAUUUGCUGUGCAUCGCAUCCCAGAAGUCUUAAAGUCAGACAAUGGGCCACCGUUUAAUGGAGAUGAAUAUAAGCAGUACUUAAAGUCACUGGGAAUCAAACCCGAGUUUUCUACUCCAUUAUGGCCUCAAGGCAACGCCCAAGUUGAGAGAUUUAUGCAACCCCUGGAAAAGCACUCAAAACAGCCAAAAUCGAAGGUCGCCCAUGGAAGCAAGAGCUCAAUAGAUUCUUGCUACAGUAUAGGACGACACCACAAAGUACUACCGGUGUUCCUCCGGCUGAACUACUCUUUAAUCGGACGGUACAAGGCAAGUUACCCAUUCUUCACAGGAAGAACAUUGUGAACCGACAUAAGGAAGCUCGUGAAAAUGAAAACAAGCGACAGAAGUAUAACGAAAGAUAUGCAAACGAAAGGAGGAAUGCAAAGGAAAGUGGAAUCAAAGAGGGAGACUAUGUGUUAGUGAAACAACCUAAGGCAAAUAAACUAACGCCAAAUUUCAAUCAAACACCUUAUGUUGUUAUCUAUAGGAACAAAACAGUAGUUCGAGCUAGAAAUAAAGAUGGACACGAAAUAGAACGAAAUGUUUCACAUUUUAAAAAGAUACCCAAACCCAGCAAAGAUAAUGAAGAUACGUCAGAGGAAACCGACGAUUUUAGUACAGAGAGUAACAAUCAGCGUAUUCCAGAGGAAACAGUACAGUUUAACAUGAACGACCGUAAUAACAACAAUCGUGGUAACGGUAUGAAUAUGCACCCACGACGGUCCACAAGAGUAAGAAAGCAACCCGAAAGAUACGGACAAACAUUACCGUCAAACAUUGUUACGUGA